CGUAAAAAAAAAAUUUUUUUUUUCUUUUGUUCUGACAAAUUUGAGUAAAAAUAGCCACAUGGUCACGUGAUUGUUGAAAUUUAGCGCUAAACACAUGAAUAAUAAAAUGAUGAAUAUAGUUGCAUCAUUGCUAUUACAUGGGUGUAUAUAGUAACGGGAUAUAUUUACUCAUUUUUUUUGAAUAUUCGACUUUUUCCGUUCAAUGUGUGAUUGAAUUUUUUGGAUUUUAUUAAUUCAGGAAAAAUGGCAACUGUUUCAAUUUUACGAAAAAAGAAAUCACCAGUGAUUAGAUCGCCUGCAAAACCAUCACGAUCAUCAUUGACUAAUAAUAAUUCACAUAAUGGUGGAACCAUUAAAUCGGAUGAAAUUCAACUAAGAUCAAUGAAAAAUGAACGAAAAGUACGAAAAACAACACCAUCAAUCGAUUGUGUUGAUAUUGAAUAUACAUCGUUGCCACCACUUCCCGAUAUUCCAAUUCUUGACGAAUCAUUUGAAGCAUCCAUCGAUAAUGAACAAUUUCCCAAUGAUUGGUUGGAUGCCAUUCAAAAACGAAUACAAAGAUUUGAUUAUAAUGAAAAAAUUGAAAAACGUAAUCAACAACGAUUUCGUGAUGUAAUCAUCAAGAUUGAAAAGGAAAAUGUUUUGCUUAAAAAUGAAAAUGAAAAUCUUAAAGCUGAUAUUGAAAGUCGAAGAAUUCAAUUUGCAGAAUAUGAGAAAAAAUUCACUACAAUCACUGAAGAGUGUUUAAUGUUCGAAGCGGAUAUGAAACAAAUUCGAAUGGAAAAUUCACGUCUUCUUUAUCAAUUAAAUCAGAAAGAAAUUGAAUGUCAAAAUCUUCAGGAUAAACUUAAAAGUGUUCGAGAAAACAUUGCAAUUGUAUUACGUGCUGAACAUGAAAAGUUGAAGAAUCUUUUAUUUGAUUCAUUGGCCAAUAAAAAUCAAAUGGAACAAAAAUAUCGCCAACAAGAAGCUAAAUUUCAGGUUCUACAGAAUUUAUUCAAUACCGACACAUUAUAUCCGGAAACUAUGCAUAUGGUUAUUUCUACACGUCAACGAUCCAAUAGUGAAUCAUCAGUGAGUCCAAGUAAACAAGAAAAAACAAGCAAAUGUGAAUCGAUCAAUUCGAAUGGUGCAACACCGGUUGUAAAUCCAAAAUAUGAUCAUAAAACGGCUAAAACCAAAGAUAAAUGGAUUGAUCAUCGACCAAUGUCAACAUUGCCGAUGGGAACCAUAAUGAAACCGGUUAUUAAAAAUAAAAAAUCCGUUACACAAUUAAAAACAUCGGAUUUUUUAGAUCGUCGUUAUGGUGCUUCGAAAUAUGCACUACAUCAUGAAGCCACCAAUUCUGGUACUAUUGAAACAAAAAUAUUCAAAGGUAAUGUUAUACCAUCAUCAGCCGGUGGUGCACAGAUUAUUUUCAAUGAUGUUGAAUUAUUGAAACAAACAACACCAAAAUAGAAAUCAAUUCCAUUACCAGUCCUCA